GUGACAAAAACGCAACUCGCGCCGUGCCCGUGCCCACCGUGCGACCGUGCCGGGCCUGUGCGGCUGUUUGGCUGUGUUCGUGUCCGUCGUAUCGUGCCUUUGCUGCGCUUGUGUACGCAUAGAUAGCCGGAUGCUGACACUUGGUUCGAAGACGGGAUGGAAAAUAUGCUGAACCCUACCGAGGAGGACCGGCUAAUUAUCGGAUGCUGGACUGAAGGAAAAGUUCUUGACCGGGGCACCUUUGGAAGCAUAACACUAUGGCACAACACGAAAACUCAAGAGACCAUAGCACUCAAAAAGUGCCUGCGAGGCGUAGCAGAAAUGACAGACAAGCUGCAGGAACGCUGGGUGCAAGAGGUUGAAAUCCUUAAAAAGUUGGACCACCCCAAUGUUGUCAAAGGACUUCCCGUGCCAGAACAGCUGCUAGUGCUUGCUUCGAGCCUGCCAUUUCUUGUAAUGGAGUACUGCAGUGGAGGGAACCUUCGAAAGGUGCUGCAACGCCCUGAAAACUCCUGUGGCCUUCAUGAGAGAGAUGUACGUUGUGUAUUGAGUGAUGUCACAGCAGGUUUGCAGUACCUGCAUAGUAACCACAUUAUCCAUAGGGACCUGAAGCCUGAAAACAUAGUUAUCAAGGAGGUUGAUGGAAAGGCAGUCUACAAGAUCAUUGACCUUGGUUAUGCAAAGGAGUUUGACCAGAGCAGCUUAUGCAAUUCAUUUGUGGGAACGUUGCAAUACCUUGCACCUGAGCUCUUUGAGAAGAAGCCAUACACCAGGGCGGUAGACCUUUGGAGCCUGGGCAUUCUUGCCUAUGAAGUCAUCACAGGACAGCGGCCAUUUUCCCCUACAGCUUCUCCCGCACAGUGGAUUCCUUUAGUGCACAAUAAGAAGAGUGGUGAUAUUCGAGGAGACAUAGCACCUAGUGGAGAGCGCUGCUACUGGAAAACUCUACCUUCUGAAACGUGCUUGACCAGUGUUUUCAAAAAGGAUGUUGAGAAGUGGCUUCAAAUCUUGCUUGAGACACAGCCAGAACUAAGGAGUCGCCAUUGUGGCUUAACAGUAUUUGAAAUUCUUGAGAAACUACUCGCACAACCAACAGUACACGUGUUCUGCAUUGGUACAAUGUCCGUGGUAUCAGUUGCAUUCAGCAGUGAAGACCUUUUCAUGGACAGCUUGUCACUAGCCUUGAAGAAUGCCACAGACUUGGCGCCUGCAGACCAGUUGCUCCUCACGGAAAGCGGAAGAGUUGCAGACGUCAAGUACAUAAAAGACCACUAUAAGCGGUUCCAGGAAGCUGGAGAGGUGAUGCUUUACCUCAUUGACACAUCUGAUGAUGGUCACAAGGACGAAGAGUCACUAUGGCUUCAACAGCUGCAUUAUUGCACAACUCGCCUCUCAGACAGUCGCACCUAUUUGAAGAGCAUUGAGAUCAGGAGGGAAUGGGCUGUAGCAGCCUACACUGUUCGUCAGUCAGUGCACACAUUUCAGAAUGUUCCACGUGCCUUCCGCAGCUUCCAGGCACACUUGAGUUCAGAGAUACCUGCUCUGCAGAAGGCAUUGUCAAGCAUUCAUGUUGAUGUGAACAAGCUUACAGCAAUGAUGAAAGUUGUGCAUGAAAGCUACACUACAGAUGUUGAAUUUCUACAGGAUUGGAAGAGAAGCAAAGGUGCAUCUUCAGCUGAUACAGCCAGCUUGCUUAAGCAGUGGUGUGUCUGUGAUGACUUGCUCAGUGAUGUUUACAACCAGCGUAAAAAAGUUGAGCACUAUUUCAACAAGUUCAACAAACUGUGCACCAUACUUGAGGAGAGUCAGAGGACACCAUAUGGCCAGUGUACACCAUUGGAAAUUCUUGACGACAUUAUGGCCCGAAUGUUGCAACUUUAUGAGAAAGGCAAACAAAAAAGAGACUAUGACAGUGUGUCCAGCACGUGUAUGGAUAUGUGUGGAACUAUUCGGGAACUUGACCAAGAACAGGAGCGGGUCAUGAAGCAUGUCAGCCCUUAUAUGAGAAGUAUGCUUGGAGUCUAUCAUGAGCUUGGCAAUUUGCAUCAUUCUAUAAAAAAGUUGUCCAACCGUAUAGUGUCUAUCAGCCAAGACCUGUCUACUAAGCAGCGGCAGCGCCAGCAGUCUAUCUGGAACCUGCUUCGAUCAGAGAGUACAUGUGUGCAGCCGGAUGUGCCUUCUCUUCGGGAUCAGACGCUGCCUCCUGCUGGGGAUGGUACUUCCUGGAGUUCUUUAUGUCAGCAAAUGGACGAACAGUUAAAAGAAAGCAGAGCACAGUGUGAUGAAGCUGACACUGUGUUUGAAUUGGUUGACGCAAACAUCGCCAAGCUGGAGAAAGAAUGCAGUGAGCUGUUGAAGAGCAUGACCACAAAAUAAACAGGAAAUGCCCUC